AUGUUGGACCCGUCUUCCAGCGAGGAGGAAGGGGAUGAGAUCGUGGAGGUGGAGCGCAGGGAGGCGGCGGCCCCGAAGAGCGGCGGAGCCCGGCUCUCACCCGGCCGAGCGGCCGACGGCCCCGGCGGCGGCGGAGGGCUGCAGCCCCGGGGCCGAGGGAGCAGCGGCGGCCGCCCGUCCAGCCCCAGCCCGUCGGUGGCCAGCGACAAAGAGAAGGAGGAUCUGGAGAAGAUGCAAAGGGAGGAGGAGGAGAGAAAGAAGAGACUCCAGCUGUAUGUGUUUGUGAUGCGCUGCAUCGCAUAUCCCUUCAAUGCAAAGCAGCCGACUGACAUGGCCAGAAGGCAGCAGAAGAUCAGCAAGCAGCAGCUGCAGACGGUGAAGGAGCGUUUCCAGGCUUUCCUCGGCGGAGAAACGCAGAUCGUGGCUGACGAGGCCUUCAUCAACGCGGUGCAGAGCUACUACGAGGUGUUCCUGAAAAGCGACCGCGUGUGCCGGAUGGUGCAGAGCGGCGGCUGCUCGGCCAGCGACUCGCGGGAGGUUUUCAAGAAGCACAUCGAGAAGCGCGUGCGCAGCCUCCCGGAGAUCGACGGCCUGAGCAAAGAGACGGUGCUGAGCUCCUGGAUGGCCAAGUUCGACACCAUCUACCGAGGCGAGGAGGAUCCCAGGAAGCACCAGCAGAGGAUGACGGCCAGCGCCGCCUCCGAGCUCAUCCUCAGCAAGGACCAGCUCUACGAGAUGUUCCAGCAGAUCCUGGGCAUCAAGAAGUUCGAGCACCAGCUGCUCUACAACGCCUGCCAGCUGGACAACCCUGACGAGCAGGCAGCCCAGAUCAGAAGAGAGCUGGACGGACGACUGCAGAUGGCCGACCAGAUUGCGAGGGGAGGGAAGUUCCCCAAGUUCGUGUCCAAGGAGAUGGAGGCGAUGUACGUGGAGGAGCUGCGGUCCUCCGUCAACCUGCUGAUGGCCAACCUGGAGAGCAUGCCGGUGUCCAAGGGCGGCGAGUUCAAGCUGCAGAAGCUCAAGCGAGGACACAACACCUCCAUCAUGGACAUGGGCCAGGAGGACGAGAACACGCUGUCCAAGUCCGACGUGGUGCUGUCCUUCACGCUGGAGGUGGUGAUAGUGGAGGUGCAGGGGUUGAAGUCAUUGGCUCCUAACAGGAUUGUUUACUGCACCAUGGAGGUGGAGGGUGGACACAAGCUCCAGACGGACCAGGCCGAGGCCUCCAAGCCCAUGUGGGGUACCCAGGGAGACUUCACCACCACCCAGCCGUUACCUGCCGUCAAGGUGAAGCUGUUCACUGAGAGCACAGGAGUGUUGGCCCUGGAGGACAAGGAGCUGGGCCGGGUGGUGCUGCACCCGACGCCCAACAGUCCCAAGCAGUCGGAGCUGCACAAGAUGGCGGUGUCUAAAGGCUGCCCGGACAGUGACCUCAAAAUCAAACUGGCCAUCCGCAUGGACAAACCGCAGAACAUGAAGCAUUGUGGGUACCUGUGGGCGAUCGGCAAGAACGUGUGGAAAAGAUGGAAGAAGAGGUUUUUUGUGCUGGUCCAGGUGAGCCAGUACACCUUCGCCAUGUGCAGCUACAGGGAGAAGAAGGCGGAGCCUGUGGAGCUCCUGCAGCUGGACGGCUACACUGUGGACUACACCGACCCCCAGCCAGGUCUGGAUGGUGGUCGGACGUUCUUUAACGCUGUGAAGGAGGGCGACACUGUGAUCUUUGCCAGUGACGAUGAGCAGGACCGGAUCCUGUGGGUGCAGGCCAUGUACCGGGCCACGGGCCAGUCCCACAAGCCGGUUCCCCCCACGCAGGUCCAGAAGCUCAACUCCCGGGGCGGGACGGCGCCGCAGCUCGACGCCCCGAUAUCCCAGUUCUACGCUGACCGAGCCCAGAAGCACGGCAUGGACGAGUUUAUUUCAGCGAAUCCCUGUAACUUCGACCACUCGUCGCUGUUCGAGCUGGUCCAGCGCCUCACUCUGGACCACAGACUCAACGACUCGUACUCCUGCCUGGGCUGGUUCAGUCCCGGUCAGGUGUUUGUUUUGGAUGAGUACUGCGCCCGUAACGGGGUUCGCGGCUGCCAUCGCCACCUGUGCUACCUGAGCGACCUGCUGGAGAGGGCGGAGAACGGCGCCAUGAUCGACCCCACGCUGCUGCACUACAGCUUCGCCUUCUGCGCCUCGCACGUCCACGGAAACAGGCCCGACGGCAUCGGCACCGUCACCGUGGAGGAGAAGGAGCGCUUCGAGGAGAUCAAGGAGAGGCUGCGGGUGCUGCUGGAAAACCAGAUCACACACUUCAGGUACUGCUUCCCUUUCGGACGUCCGGAGGGAGCGCUGAAAGCAACGCUGUCCCUGCUGGAGAGGGUGCUGAUGAAAGACAUCGUCACUCCGGUUCCACAAGAGGAGGUCAAGGCUGUGAUCCGGAAAUGUCUGGAGCAGGCGGCUCUGGUCAACUACCAGCGCCUGUCCGAGUACGCCAAACUGGAAGGGAAAAAGAGAGAGAUGUAUGAGCAUCCUGUCUUCUGCUUGGCGUCUCAAGUGAUGGAUUUAACCAUUCAGAAUGUAGGGCGGUUAGUCACCCCUGCCAAAAAACUGGAGGACACCAUUCGCCUGGCCGAGCUGGUGAUCGAGGUGCUUCAGCAGAACGAGGAGCACCACGCCGAGGCCUUCGCCUGGUGGUCGGACCUCAUGGUGGAGCACGCCGAGACCUUCCUGUCCCUCUACUCGGUGGACAUGGACGCCGCUCUGGAGGUCCAGCCGCCCGACAGCUGGGACAGCUUCCCGCUCUUCCAGCUGCUCAACGACUUCCUGAGGGUCGACUAUAAUCUGUGUAAUGGGAAGUUCCAUAAGCACCUGCAGGACCUGUACGCCCCGCUGGUGGUUCGCUAUGUGGACCUGAUGGAGUCGUCCAUCGCUCAGUCCAUCCACCGGGGCUUCGAGAGGGAAUCCUGGGAGCCGGUCAAGACGAUAACGAGCACUCUGCCUAACGUCAGCCUGCCAAACGUCAACCUCCAAAUGCCCAAAGUACCAAAUCUCACAGUGCCAAGUGUUAACAUCCCACAAAUGCCCAGCUUCUCCACACCCAGCUGGAUGGCCGCCAUGUAUUAUUCAGAUAACAGCUCCAGGACGUCGGACGAUCUCUUCUGGAAGCUGGACGCCCUGCAGACCUUCAUCAGGGACCUCCACUGGCCGGAGGAGGAGUUCGGCAAACACCUGGAGACGCGGCUCAAGCUGAUGUCCAGCGACAUGAUUGAGUCCUGCAUCAAACGGACGCGGGCGGCGUUCGAGGCCAAGCUGCAGAAGAGCAGCCGGGCCACCGACUUCCGCGUGCCGCAGUCCAUCUGCACCAUGUUCAACGUGAUGGUGGACGCCAAGGCCCAGUCGGCCAAGCUGUGCGCCAUGGAGCUCGGCCAGGAGAGACAAUAUCACUCCCAAAUUGACAAUCUGAUCGAGGAGACGGUGAAGGAGAUGAUAACGCUGCUGGUGGCCAAGUUUGUGGUCAUUCUGGAGAGCGUCCUGGCCAAGCUCUCCAGAUACGACGAGGGCACGCUCUUCUCCUCCUUCCUGUCUUUCACAGUGAAAGCUGCCUCCAAGUACGUGGACGUACCUAAGCCGGGGAUGGACGUGGCCGACGGCUACGUGACGUUUGUCCGCCACUCGCAGGACAUGCUGAGGGAGAAGGUCAACGAGGAGGUGUACAUCGAGAGGCUAUUUGAUCAAUGGUACACCAGCACGAUGAACCUGCUGGGAACAUGGCUGACGGACCGCAUGGACCUGCAGCUCCACGUCUACCAGCUGAAGAUCCUCAUUCGGAUCGUGAAGAAAAAGUACCGUGACUUCCGGCUGCAGGGCGUGCUCGACUCGACGCUCAACAGCAAGAUGUACGAGACGGUGAGGAACCGGCUGACUCUGGAGGAGGCCACCGCCUCGGUCAGGGAAGGAGGCAUGCAGGGCAUAUCCAUGAAGGACAGCGACGAGGAGGACGAUGACAACUAGACCAGCGGGCCGUGCUGCACCGGCCUGACGUGGCACCGGACAACGAGGACAGAUUUGACAAAAAAAUAAAUAAAUAAAAUAAAUAAAAAAGCUUUGCAGAGGCGGCCCGCUGCCUGGGAGCCUCGCCGCACGGGCCGAGUCAUGUUCGGCACAAUCGCCACGAUCUGAUUGGCCCAACAUGAUCAAACUAGUUGGUUCUCUCCAUCAUUUGCUGUCUUUUGUUUCCGUUCCUAAUAACACGUCUACACUGUUUGUUUGUUUUUUAACUAUUAAGUGGAAUUAAAUGCAUUUUUUGUGUUGAAGUACUUCCAAAAAAUCAGCAAUCGAUCAGCAGUCCACCAUGUCGAAUUUCUCCAGUUUCUCCUGAUCUGGUCGAGUUUCCGAGGCCGACGCUCCGCACCGGCCCUGUUCUCAAACACAUAAAUAUAAUUCACUCACGUGCUAUAUUAUUUCUGUAAUGGAAUCAACGAAAGCCAUCGUACGACCUUGCACGAACAACACCUUUGUCACACCCAGACGAGCCCGCAGCGGGUCCACACAGAGAGGGUCGACCUCACUGAUGGGACAGAUGUGUUCACUUCUUCCUAGGAAAUCCAUGACUUCUCACCGACGAGCGCUUAUUAUGCAAGGAAGCCUUAAAAAAAAUAGAGGUAACGCAGAAUAACUCUCGGGGUCUUUUGCGGAGGCACGGACGACACGACACGACACGACACGACACGACACGACGCGGUACCUUUCGUUCAGGGCGGCCCGAAAUGUCAAGUGGGAGCCUUUUUCACAUUUUUUACUUUCCUUUUUUCGUUUUAUCUGAGAAGUGCUGUGAUACGCCUUGCAUACCGAGUGUCCACCAUCCUUUGUGCAGCACUGCUGGAGAGGAAAUGCGCAGCGUGGAGGCGAUCCAGGCCGGUAAGGCGUGGCUGCAGGCGAGGGGGGGCGGAAAGCAGCGGCACCGACGUCGAUGCAUGUCCCGGCCGUCCUUCCCUCUGAGGUCACGCUGUGACGCGACGCAGCGACACGCCACCCACCACGAAACGAUCACAUAUUUACGACCACUCUCACGGUCCUUAAAAGUAUAUCUAGGAGUUAAAACAAUGAAAAACAAAACAAAACAAAACAAAAAAAAACGUCGGUGUUAUGUUGGUAAGAGUUUCCGAUAUUUCCCGAAAUUUCCCUAAAAUCCACUCCUGAAUGUUCUUAAGCAAUAUGGAUAACCAUUUAGUUUGCAAUGUCAGAUACCAAGUCUCUGAGUAAGCCUAUGAAUGUGUCUGUGUGCAAUGCUAAAAUAAAAAAAAUAAAAUAAAAUAAAAUAAUAAUAAUAAAAAGCUUCUUUAAGUGUGCCGUGAGUGCAGCUGUGGUCCGCUGUUGUAAGGGAUGUGGAAAUGACCUCACGUCACUUUCUUUGUAACGGGUUUGCAUUUCUCACUCAGACUCGCAACUCCUGGUCACACGUUUUUCUUUUUUUUUUUUUUUGCUGCAUUUUGGAACGAA